UCUUUCUGUCUGUCUUAAUAACACGGAGUAUGAAAAAUAGAAAGAAAUUACAACUUUUCGAUGUUUAUAAAGUUGCGUUUUUCGGCAAAAACCGCCAAAAAUGACAACUGAUUCACUGGUAAUAAAAACCACUGGACUACCAAUUUCUAUCAUUUUUCUAUAACUGAUCUGUAGUUGAGGUUUUAUUAAAACAAAAAUGGAAAGCGUAACCAAUUUUUUCAAGUUUUAUUCAAUUGCAGUCGUAGUUUUGAAAGUGAGCUUAGUUCCAGAAUUGAGUUGCGCUGUGGGCAAUGAAAAAGAAUAUAUUAUGAAGGAGAGGGAUUACAAAAAUUAUUUUCCCACCGAAAAGUCUGAACUUUCGGAGUCUCACCUCAACAUCAGACAUAAACCAUUUGAAUGUACGGACAUUGAUGAUCUCAAACUAAACAGUACAAUCUGCAGAAAUAUUCUGACCAAUCACAGAUCGGGAGACGGCAGCACUAGAUUUCGGCUAAAUGACCGCAUGCGAGUGAUGUCUCCGAAUAUAUUUGGCCAGGAGCACGUUCUGUCGGCCGAACGGGAGAUCCACUUGUAUAAUCUGAUGCACACUUUUGGAUUUUUCGUCGAAGUGCCAGACUGUUUCAAGAAGAUCAGUUUUAUUACAUGUCUCAGUUACUUUCCCGUUUGUGCGGAGGAUGCUUCAAACGGAGGUCACUGGAGGAUCCUGCCGUGUCGCAAAACAUGCAAACAGGUGCUCAGAAAGUGUCCCGAGGCCGGGAAGUUUUCCUCGCAACUUCCUAAUAAGGGCUCCUCGAUUCCCUUCUAUCCUCGCAAAGAUCUUCUAGAAUGUUCCAAGUUGCCCAUACAUCAGCCAUGUAUUGCUCCAACAGUCAUGGACAUGAUUUUAAACGAAGGAUACGAUGACUGAGCCACACACUGUUCAAUGGCCAUAGUCACGAUACCAUGAUUAACAUGAAAUGAUAUUUGAUAACUGUAGUAAAGAACCUCAAUUGUAUUUAAAUAAGCGAAACUGUCUCGCUUAUUAUCUGACUAAAU